AUGCCGCUUCGGCUUCUGCGUCAGACCAAUUUAGCAUCUUCGGCAGUUGUCCUUCCCGACGAGCUGAUGGCGGAAAUAGUGUCCUGGCUGUCCGUGAAACAUCUUAUACAAUUGAGGUGCGUCAACAAGUUUUUCCAAACUCUCAUCUCUGAUCCUUACUUUGUUCAAAUGCAUCUCAUGAAAUCAGCACGAACACCUAAUCUCGCACAUAUCUGGCUAGACAGCUGGGAAGAUGAUGAUUCCCAUAUUGUUAGUCAAUCCAUUCCUCCUUUUAACUCCCUUCACAAUCAUCCUUCCUAUCGAUUGAUCGAUUUUGUCAGUGUAGACCGAGUUGUUGGUUCAUGCAAUGGAUUGAUAUGCUUGAUUAGUAGUUCAUAUCUUUCUCAAGAUGAAUGGCUUUGUUUCUGGAACCCUGCAACGAGAACAAAAUCAGAAAAUUUUAGAAUAUUUUCCGAUCUUUAUUCUCUCCGCCAAGAUUUUAAGUUCUCUUUUGGUUAUGAUAUUUUGAAUGAAACUUAUAAGGUGGUAGGGUUCAUGGCGGAGAUAGAGCUUGGUGGUAAUCUAAAAAAUGUGGUGAAAGUUUUCAGCUUGGGGGAUAAUUCAUGGAGAGAUAUUCAAUGUUUACCUGUGAUUCCACUUUAUUGGUUUGAUGGUUGUAACAACAAAGAUGUGUAUUUGAAUGGUACUAUUAAUUGGCUGUCCAAUUGCAAUCAUGAUUUUUAUUUGAUGGGUGUUAUUGAAAAUUAUGUAAUUCUUUCGCUAGAUCUCUCUACCGAAUCGUACACUCAGAUGAUGUUGCCUCGUGGUUUUGACAAGGGACCGAAAGUUCAGGCAAAUAUUGCGGUUUUGAUGAAUUUUCUUUGUUUCUGUCGUGAUUUUGAGAGAAACCAUUUCGUUAUAUGGCAGAUGAAAGAUUUUGGAGUUCAAGAGUCUUGGGUUCAGUUAUUUAAAAUUAGUUAUCAGAAUUUCUAUUCAAUCAACGGUAAUUUAUUUGAUAUUCAGCGGUUGAAAUUGUUGCCGAUACACCUUUCUGAGAAUGGUUAUACUUUGAUAUUGGCGAAUAUUCACAAGGCACCAGCAUUUAUCUGUGACUGCAGAGACGAUACAAUAGAGCGAAUAAGGAUUACUAAUAUGAAUCAGUGGUUGUGGGCUAAGGAUCACAUUGAAAGUUUGGUUCCAACUCGUUGA